GAAAUUCCCUCAAGAUCAAUCCAAUAUUCGGAUAACUUCCCCAGAAAUUCCCCGCGAUCAGAGUUUAAAUAGUGUCGUCUGUCUUCAAAAGAAAAGGUCAGCUAGCUGCAUUGAUCUUAACGACCUGGAACGAGCCUUCGAUUCUCGUCUAGGUAAAUCAAACAUCAUCAGCAAACUCAAUCAUCCUAAAUUUUCGGAUCGUAUUACAACUCUAGCCGACAUGGGACUGUUUGGAAAAUCCACAUCAACAGAUGACGCCGGCCCCGAUGAGCCCAAAAAGUCUCUCUACCAACGCUACCAAGACAAGAAGAGCGGCCGCAACACACAGAUUUCAGACGAGGAUCUCCAGAAGUAUACCGGCAAGACCAAAGAUGAGAUCAACGACUGGGCUAAAGACCGGCCUGGCGUCGCAGGGAAUCGAGCUGCAGGGACGCUCACGGCGGGACCCGCUUCCGGCUUUGGCGGGAUGGCGACGGCGGAUGGCUAUGGUGGAUGGGGAACGGAUGCUGGAUCGGACCCAAAGCAUCCGCCAGCGCAGCAGAAGGGGCGGAAGGAGAUUGAUGACUCCGAGUCGCUGCAUUAAGGGAGGGUCACGAUAGUUGCGAGAACGAGGGUUUAUUAAUUAUCAGAAAUGCCAAACAACUUCAGAGAGGGAAGGAGGGGUCGACGAUGAGGUGGUUUGUAGGAUCAGGGCAAUGUAAGAUGAGCCUAUCAACGAUGCGGGACAGCGGAAACAUUCGUUCAUCCGGAAUAGUUUUAUGACUUGUCUCAUAAAAUAACCUAGUCGCAGUACCAUCAUCCCAUACAGCUAUAAUAAACAAUCUAUUAGUGGGGA